AUGGACCCCUUCUCAAUCACCGCCAGUAUCAUCACACUACUCCAGGUGUCGGCCCAGGUCACGGUUCUGGUGAGGCAGUUUCGCGACGAAGUUAGCGUGGUUGAUGCGACACUGAACGGCAUUCUGAACGAUGUGGACGGGUUCCAGCAGGUGUUGCAAUCGAUGAAAGAGACGCUUGCUCAGGAGGAUAUCCAAGCAGACGUGCAAGCGACAGGGCAUGUUGGCAGUCAUUGGAAGAAUCUCGCGCGAUCCUUGAGCGAUGGAGAGAGCACGCUGGAUCAGUUGCGGUCGCUACUUACGAGCGUGAACAAGAGCACCUCGUUUCUAGAUGCAUCGCGCAAGCAACUCAGAAUGAAAAGCGCUGUCGCGCAGAUCUCAGGCUUCCGCGAGCAGAUACAGUCUUAUCGUGCAGCUUUGCAACUCUCUCUUAGCACGAUCAUCGUAUGGAACCAGGUGACCCUGCAAAAGGCUACCACCAAGCUACCUGAGAAGAUAAUGCCAAAUCUCAACAAACUCUACGACCAGAUCCGUACUCUCGGUGCCGACCUCAAUGCCAAGAUCGGCAAGCUGGAGAGUACCGUAGCGAACCAAGGCUUCCAUGCUGAGUCGGAGCUUAUGUCCAUGACGAAUCUGAAAGAAUGCGUGGAAUCGGCCGCUGACGUCGUUUCAACUGCAUCAACUACACUCGGCCCGGAAGGCAGCACGAGGGCAUCUGUAAAGUAUGGCUCAGACUUUGGAGACGUCUUUAAAAAGGAGUCGAACGAGCCCAUGCAGCGCUGGAUGUCCUCGCACACCGUGUACGAAUUCGACGACGUGGAAGCAUUGACUCUAGAUCCUUCUGAAGCCAGCACAGGUGAUACGUUCACUGUGUACGAAUCGGAGAGUGACUCUGAUAUUGAACACGAGCUUGUCAGAGCUUUGUUCAAUAACGGCAAGAAAAGAAAAGAACAGGGCGAUCUGCACGGCGCGGAACGGCAUCUGCGCAACUGUCUAUCCAGAUUUCCUUCGGCUGGGAGCUAUACAUCGCUCGCAUCGUCUCAAAGCACUCUGGCCACUGCGGUAUCGAAGGCUGAAUUACUCGAGCUACUCACGGAGACAUACUGCAUGCAGGGGUCCUGGGACCAGGCGAAGUCAACCAUGAAAGAGAAGCUCGCUAUUACAGAACGCCAGACUGGAAAGAAAAGCGAGCGCUUCUUGUGGGACUCUUUCAGGCUCUGUGAGGUCCUGAUGAAUACCAAAGACUACACCGAAGCUCAGCUGCACGGCCGACAGGCGUUGCGCGGCUUUAGAAAGCUACGUGAGCCAGGUUAUACCGGCUAUGAAAAGACACUUGCACUCCUAAUACAGAUAUGCAACGAACAAGGUAGUCUGGAAGACGAAGAAGCAUACGCCGCUCUACUAGGCAGUCAUCAUGCGAAUCUGAAGACGUUCAUCUCUUUGCCUGUCGCUGAAUCAGCUGCGAAGCAUGAUCUAUCCAGUCAACCUCCCAAAGGAGAGCAUCACGUACACACACGAGAGCAGACUGAAGAGCGUAGCUCUACUCAAGAUUCGAGCGGACCUGCAUCCAGCGAGCUACCACCGAUCGAUAAAGGGAAGCAGCCUCGUCUCCAGGGCCUCACAAAAAUACCCCCACUAACGGAUCGUAACGAUGAGCUGCCUUUAUCUCCUUCUUCCAGCGCAAGCGCAGACCCAUGGAGCCCAAAGCUGCCAGCUGCGCGUUCUCGUAACAACGAUUCGUCGUCGAGCCAAUCCAUUUCUAACAUUGCAACAAAAGCAUCGUCUUCGCAACUCCCGGAAUUCGUCCCGAAAAGUGCGAUGGCGCAUGAGAACAUCGUUUCCCCUGUGAAAUUCGGCGGCGGUGUAGACACCUCGUCGUCCACUAAGCUUUUGAUCUCUCUCUGUCAGCAAGAGCUUGGACAGAAACCUAUUUUCAUGAUUGGUCGCGGUCGCGAGGGUUACAAUUGCAUCGUUUUUGCCGACGAAUCUCGAAAACGAGAGAUAGCAAAGGUCGCAGAUUACUUGACCAAAGAGGAAGCGAGGCAUGCUGCUGCUACAAAGGCUUACAAGACGCUUGUGACGCUUUCAUCGCAACCGGUGGGCGCUCGUCCCGCAAACGACCAUCCAGGCGUACGACAUCAACACGAAAGGUCCAGUUCGGCUUCGAACAAGAGCCCCGAUGCAACGGCUACAGACGCUCAGGGUGACCCACCGGCCUACACGCCCAGCGAGAGCCCACGUUUGACUAGUCCGACUGGCUUUCUACAAGACAUACCGGAGAUCAUGGUGUCACCUUCGCUCAAUGAUUCAACGUUUGGGCGGCCUAUGCCAUCAAGUGCAGUGCAGAACUCUAACUUUCCUGUACGGCGUGCGGCGUCAGACUCUCAUCUUCCUUCAAACAAAGUCUUAGCCAACGUGUCUGCAUCGAACGCCGUGAAUUUGGGCGCAUCAGAUUGGAGGGGACCCAAUGCUGCGCUGACGGCCAACAGCCUACCAGCACACCGACGUGCUGCCUCAACCUCUUCACGUGUUCCAGACUGGAGGACUGGGGAUGGGAGGGUGCUUCCACAACAUUCUGGUCUAGCCAUCAAUACAUCCAAUUGGACGGAGCCUAACAAUCCAGGACAAAGCCGCAAGGAAUCGAACGCAAGACCAAAUGUGACUUUCGACUCGAUCGAAAGCUCUGUGGAACGGCCGAAGCACUCCAACCCGGACCCACAUACACCAUCAUCUAAAGGCUUCUCGCUCCUGCCAGCCUCCCUGGCGAAGACAUUCUCUCUGCAGGAGCGCAGGAGUAAGAGCGAUGACCCCAGCUUGAGAACGAAGAAGUCAAUGAGGUUCGGACUUUCUUCCAAGAGGAAAUCGCACACCAGUGCUUCUGCGGGGCCUGAACCAGCUGUCUCGUCGACGAGCAUCUGUCCGAUAUGUUCGGCGAGUCUGCUCGGUCUUAGCGAGGGCGAGGCAUGGAUGCACGUUGACAGCUGUUUGGGCGGGUCGAGCCCUUCAACAACACACGUGGCAUACGAACUUCCAGCGUCAGAGCCCAAUACCUACGCAGUAGAGCUCCCAGCAUCAGUGCCAGGAAUGGGUCGAGCAGAUGGGCCUGCCUCGCCAAAUCCCUCAAGCCAAAGUCCAAACGCGAUGUCAGACUUACAUCGCGCAUUUUCAAGGAGAGAUCUGUCAGCAGACAAAUUCGAGAUUGAAGAUGAGGCGAGAAUAGAUCCUCCUGCACCAAUGUCGCCAUUGAGCCGAUUUGAGACGAAUGCCAUGCAACGCCAGGUGCUACUCUUGGGUGACGGACAGUGUGGUAAAACGUGGCUGUCCCAUGCGUGGUGCAAAGGGACCAUCCCAAAGCGCACUUCUCCGUCCGCCACAAGCUUCACCAAGCGAAUGGACAGUCUGGAGAUAGUCAUCCAAGACUACUCCGCAAUGUAUCGUGUUCCCGACCAGGAGCGCCGCGCCUCCUACGGUGUAGUCCACGCAGUGUUACUGUGCUUUGACAUCAGCUCGCCGGAAACCUUCGAGAACGUCGAACACAAGGUAGGAGGCAUCGAGGUGCUCAGCCUAUUCUUACAGCUUACCCCAUCCAGUGGAACCACGAGGCGGACCUGUACCUGA